AUGACUUCUGAGGCAGAACGCUUUUUGGCCCUUAGCAAGGCAUCCCAACGUUUGAUCUGGGAAAUCUAUCAAAGUCGAAAUCGGAGUCCGCGGGAAGCAUUGUUGAUAUUGCUCGACCAUUCGAAAAUAGUGAAAGAUUAUCGCAAGUCCCUGGGCCUAGGGCCCAAGACUCUCGACCUACCCAUCCGCAUGUUGUUCUCUGAGAUCGCGAAGAACCAUAGCACCUACCUCGAUAAAGAUGUCAAGACCAAACCCGAAAUUGUCCUCGACACCGGUUUCCUGAUGCGCCUACCACCACUACCACCUGACUUCGCACCACCCGACGACGUUCCCCACAACGACGAUGUGUCAAUGAACAGCGAGUUCGAGGAUGAAGGCGAUCAGAAGAGAUCGAUGAAGCGCGACAACACCCACAUGAGCCCACAAGCGAAACACUCGAAAAAGAAGAAGACUCAUGCAGACGACACUGCGACUCGCCCUUCGACGCCCGCGGAAGACGUGGAGGAUGAGCCGCCAGCUCGAGCAACGAGAAGUCGAUCCUCAAAGACUGGGGGGUCGAAGGGUACGUCCGCGCAAGGUACGGCGGAAUCGAAGGGGAGGGUCGGUGCGAAGGAUAAGGGCAAGGGGAAGGAGAAAGAGAAGGAGGUAGAGCAGGAGGAAGAAGAGCAGGAGGACGGCCAGGAGGAGGAGGAGGAGGAUGGGGUACCAGUGCAACAGGAACCGCCUGCGCCUGGCUCUGGGUUCGAAGUCACGGACGAACCAUGCGCGCUAUGUGUCUUCACGCAGCAGAAGUACUGCUGGCGCCCUGGCGUCUACGACAACGACGAAGGCGACAACGAAGAUGGUGACGACAACCAAGACGGCGCCGACGAAGGCGACAACAAAUCCGACAGCGACAGGGACGACGGCGAUGAAGGCAGCCCCUGCGCCGUCCGGACGCGAGGCAUUGAAUGUGGCAGGUCCGUCGUCCAAGCCCGCGGCAUCGUCAUCUGGGGCCACAACGACCGGGGGACCUGGGGUGGUAUGCCGGCGGGUACUGCGAUAGAUACCUCGGGUUUCGCUAAGGGAAACGACCUGGAGCUGACGGCUACCGCCGUGCAUGACCUUCAGGCGGACGUUUAUGAUAUCCGCGGCCAGCUUCAAGCGAAGAUAGAUACCGACGGGCAAGCUUUUGGUAACAUCGACAGUCGGUUGGAGCAGCUCGAGGGUGACAUGGAGAGGGUCCAGGAAGAUCUUACGACAUUUACGACCGACAUCGACGAUCUCCGCGGGGAACUGCAGGACUUGAGGACAGCCGUGCCCAGCAACCCUAAGGAAAUGGAGAGGAUAUCGCGGGCUAUCGAGAACGUUGAGCGACGUGUUGGGGAGCAGCAGGAGAAGUUUUCCACCUACCAGCAGAAGGCCAAGGAGAAGCUCCGUACAGCUGUGCAAUCGGCUGUCAGCUCCGAGGUGAAGAAGAUGGGUGGUGGACUUGAGGAGAGGUUGCAUGAGAAGUGGGAAGGACGGACUACAUCGCUCGAGGAGAAUCUGGGGGUCCUUGAAGAUCGACUCAGCGAGUUAGAAGGACAGCAGGCAUCGGAGAUGGAACAACGGUUGGAGGGUCAGAUUUCAAAGAAGGUCAAUCACCUCUUCAAGGCGGCAGAAGGAAGGUUGGAGGAAUUCGUCAAGAGUACGAUCGGGAAGGAGUCUAAACGUCUGGAAGACAGUCAGGUCGACCCGACGGAGGUUGCGAAGAGCAUCACCAAUUACGUCGAACAGCAUUGGCCAUCCCUUCUGACCCCGAUACUAUCGGAUACUCUGGAGAUUCAGCUCAAGGACCGGAUCGGAGACGUUGAUGCCAAUAUCGUUCGGGUUGGUGACAGUCUAGCUGCACGCCUGCGGUCUCUUGUCCAGGAAGAGAUUGCACGGGUCAGUCACGACCUUGUGCGAGAGGCAGUAUUGACCACCAUGCGCAAUCUAACCGUUGCGCCUUCGUUGCCUCAGCAUCAACACCCGCCCUAUCCAUCAUUCAUCGAUCCCGAUCUCUUCGAACAAGCCUUCGAGCCUAUCCUCCUCUCUUCACCGCAACGCAACCAUGGCACCUCAAUCUCUUCGGUUCAAUUCCGGGAUCCCAGUGGAUCAUUUCGCGCGGGACUUCAAGAUUCCGUUCUGACUGCAGUUCCCGAUGGGGUAUCUUCCGUGAGAGCUCGGCCAACUACAAGGGACAGGGGUGGAUCAGACGAAACAGAGGAGCAAUAA